AUGUCCAAAGCUCCAAGCGGACAAGAGAAGGGCCGCGGUGAGGCAAGCAAACCAAGCCAGAGCCGGGGCCAGACCUCUAGCCCAAGGGUUUACGAGCUGUCCAAGGAUGAGGACGAGAUUAAACCAUUGAAGUUGAUCACUGGGUCCCUAAGUAUUGGUGGUGUGGAAACACACGUUCUGUUCGACACUGGCGCUACACAUAGCUUUGUGAGUCCAGGGUUGAUCGGAAAGGGUUUGUUCCAAAUUGGAACGAGGGAUGAUCCGUGCAUAGUAUAUGCAGCCGGUGGCCAAGCGAUGCAUUCAUUGGGACUGGUUAGGAACGUCCCAGUGAUGAUCCAGGACAGGGUAAUGCAUGUGGAUCUGGUGGUAGUCCCCCUUAAAAAUCAUGAGGUGAUAUUGGGUAUGGACUGGCUUGGAAAGAAUCGGGCCACCUUGGAUUGUCACCGGGGGAGGGUGCAGUUCGAGAGUGGGUGUGGACCCCCGAUCAGGUUCCAAGGUAUUAAGCCGGCCUCAGUUGCUUAG